AAAGUUAAGAUGGAAAACAUGCUACCGGGUUAUCGUUUCUAUCCUACAGAAGAAGAGCUUAUUUCCUUUUAUCUUCACAAUAUGCUUGAAGGAGAUAAUGAAUAUAAGAUUCGUACUGUUAUACCUGUCGUUAAUAUUUAUGACUACAAUCCAUCGGAACUCCCACAAAUAUCCGGAGAGGCAAGUAUGAGAGAUAUGGAGCAAUGGUUCUUUUUCAUUAAAAGGCAAGAAAGUGAAGUGAGAGGAGGAAGACCAAAGCGUGUCACAACUACUGGGUAUUGGAAAGCCACUGGAUCUCCUAAUCAUGUUUAUUCUUCUCAUAAUCAUAUUAUAGGUAUGAAGAGGACUAUGGUUUUCUAUAGUGGAAGAGCUCCAAAUGGGAAGAAAACCGAUUGGAAAAUGAAUGAGUAUAAGGCCAUCCAAGACCAACCAUCCUCUUCAAAUAAAUUGGCUCCUAUGUUAAGGAAUGAAAUGAGUUUAUGCCGAGUGUACAAGAAAUCAAAAUGCUUGAGAGCAUUUGAUAGACGACCGGCACCAAGGAGGGUCACAAACGAUCAAGAGUUCAAUAAGGAUUCAACAAUAUGCAAUCAUAAUAAUGUUCAAAUAUUUGCAACAAGCUCACCAGAUAGCUCUUCAUCUCUAGACCAUGGUCAAACCUCAAAUGAGGUUGGAGAAGGUAGUCAAAUGGAUAUUAAUGUUGAUCACCGUGAGCCUUUGUUGUAUUGGGAGCAUGUGGAUUGGUUCUUGGGAAUAGAACCAUGAUAAUAAUAUAUCUAGAGAGAAAUGGAAUUUUUUUUUUUCAUCUCAUCUCAUCUUUAUUUUAAGUUUCAAUAUGAAAUAAUAUCCAGAUGAUACUUUUAAAUUUCAAUAAUUGAUUUGGUAGUUCAGUUGUAAGAUUUUGAUUUUGUAAGUUUAAGGUAUUGAUUUUAAAUCUA